AUGAGAAUGUGGGUUUGUGUUUCAGAAGAUUUUGAUGUGAAACGGAUUACAAAAUCAAUCAUAGAAUCUUGUGAUUCUGGGGCUAGUUGUCAGCGUCUAGACCUGAACAUGUUGCAAAGUCGCCUCUGUCGAAAGUUGCAUGCAAAGCGAUUCUUGCUUGUGCUUGAUGACAUUUGGAGUGAAGAUAGUGAGAAGUGGGAUAAACUGAGACUUCCCUUCCAAACUGGUGCUUUAGGAGUCGAAUCGUGAUAACCACCCGUAGUGAGAAGGUUGCAUUAGCAAUGGGAACUACCCGCAUGUACAAACUGGCGGUUUUAUCCGAAGAUAACUGCUGGUUAUUGUUUCGCCAUAGAGCGCUCAAGCAUCGGAGUGCAGAAGAGCGUUUGGAGUUGGAAGAGAUUGGAAGGGAAAUUGUAAAGAGGUGUGGAGGGGUGCCUCUCGCAGCAAAGACAAUAGGGAGUGCCAUGUGCUCGAGAAGGACGAGAAGCCAGUGGGACCUUGUCUUGGGAAGUGAGAUAUGGAACUCAGGUGAUAUCUUGGGAGGCAUUUUACCAGCUUUAUUACUAAGCUACUAUGAUUUGCCUCCUACUCUGAAGCAGUGCUUCACAUAUUGCUCUGUUUUCCCAAAAGAUUGGUGGAUCAACAAGGAUGUUAUAGUCAAGCUAUGGGUGGCACAAGGUUUCAUUUGCUCCGAGAGAAGUGGAGAAAUGGAGGAAAUCAGCGAACUGUAUUUUGAUGAUUUGCUAAGGCUCUCCUUACUCCAAGAUGCGGAAAUUGAUAGUGAUGGCAACAUAUUCAGGUGCAAGAUGCAUGAUUUAGUUCAUGAUCUUGCGCAAUCUGUUGCAAGAAGUGACAGUUCAGUUGUGGAGAUCAGAAAGCAAACCUUAUUUAACGUAAACAAUAUCCGCCAUUCUUUUCUAAUUGGCAGUGAUGAAGUUAAUGAUGAAUCUGAUGCAGUGGCUUCUAUCUUGUAUAAGGCCGAUAAGUUGCGGACGUUGGUACUCCACUCAAGGAUCUCCAGAGUGCCACACAAUUUAUUUCAUUUGAGACGCCUUAGGGCAUUGGAUUUGAGUCGAACUAGCAUUGAGGAAUUGCCUCCAACUGUAGGACAGUUGAAACACUUGAGAUAUCUUGAUUUAUCUUACACACACAUGAAGGAGUUGCCAGAGGAGGUGACUAACUGCAGAAAUUUACAGACCUUGCGACUCAAUGGCUGUGCUAGGCUACGUAAACUGCCUAUAGAGAUGAGGAAAAUGAUUAGCAUGAGACAUCUAGAAUUAGAAGACACUCACAUGCUGAAGUUCUUACCCCAGGGUAUAGGAAGACUAACUGAGCUUCGGACGUUAACAGAUUUCAUUGUGGGGGGUGGCGAUGAAGGAUGUAAAUGCGGAGAACUGAAACAACUCAAUCAUCUUCAAGGAAGACUUCAAAUUACUGGCUUGGAAAAUGUCAGAAGCAAGGAUGAAGCUAGUGUUGUUGCAGCUAGGGAGGCAGAACUGUAUAAAAAGUGGAAUCUUCAUGCUCUAAUAUUGGACUACAACUCCAUAGGUGGUGAACUGUUGGAUGAUGAGGUGAAGAUGAUGGACGAUGUGCUUGAAAUUCUCCAGCCCCACAGAAACUUGAAAGAGUUUGAAAUAUGGAAUUACGAAGGUUCCGAGCUUCCCAAGUGGAUAGUGAAUCCGUUGUUCUCCAAUCUAAUGAAGGUGAAUCUCAUGAGUUGUUGGAAUUGUAAACAACUUCCUGGUCUUGGGAAACUAACCUCCCUUAAAUACCUUGAUAUUAUGGGAAUGGAAGAGGUGGCAUAUGUGGGUGGUGAGUUUAGCGGGGAUGAUACCAAUGACAGAAGUGGUGGUGGUCUCUCGUUCCCAAAGCUGGAGACCCUCAUCUUUUCGAAAAUGCCAAAUUGGAAGGAGUGGGAAUUGAGAGGUGGAGAUGGAGAGGUUUUGCCAUCUCUCCUCCGAUUAGAAAUACGUAAUUGCCCAAAGCUAAACACAUUGCCCCGCAACCUUUCACUGCUCCUCCAGAAGCUGGCUUUAAACAUAACUAAUGAUGGGAUGUUGUCUGAAGGGUCCUUACCCGUCUUCCCCAACCUUAACCAUUUGGUGAUAUGGUAUAGUCCUGAGCUGACAUCAUUCCCUUGUGGUUGGUUGGGAAAACUCAAAGCUCUCCAAACUUUUCAAAUCUACAAGUGCCCAAGGUUGGGGUCUCUACCAGAGGAGUUGCAACACCUUACAAUGCUUUGAGAAUUGAAGAUCACAUGCUGUCCACUGUUAGUAGACCGCUGCCAAGACGGAGGAGAAGAUUGGGAUAAGAUUGCUCACAUCCCUUGUAUUGAAAUUUUUACUUGAAUGAUCUGCCUCAAUAAGAGGAGGUGGAGAGGAAAUCAAUGACAACUUUUCUUUUGCUUUUGUUUUAA